AUGAAUAAAUUUGAAGACGAUUUGAAAUAUGCUCAAAAAGCUAAUGGAAAUGAAUUUUUAAAUUGGUUAUAGAAUCUCAGUUAUGAACUAAUUAAAUAGAAAGAGUAUUCUUAUGGUUAAGAGUUUUUAAAAUUUUAGCAUUUAGUAUAUGAACUAAUUUUCAAAUAAGAUGGCAUAUUAAAUAGUAGUUUUAGAACAACUUAAAUGAGAUUUGGAUCUAUAGAGGAUACAUUAUUUUUUAUCAAAAUACUUAAUAUCCUCUCACCAAAUGAACAAUCAUUUUAUCAAUCAUUACCUUCUGAAUAUCCUUUUAAUCCAGUUCAAAUUGAUAUAUUGCCUGCACAUUUACAAUUAUUUUUUAAAGAUCCUUCUAUUGUUAAUAUGAAUUCUUAAUUUUAAAGUUUUUAAGAAAUAUUUUAAGACAAUAUUUUAGUUGAAAAAAAUCAACUAAAAUUUUGUGUUAGCGCUAAAAUGAUGUUUUGGAUUUAUUUAUUAAAUGGAGCUGUUAAUUUUAAAGAAAGUGCAUUACAUGCUACAGAAAAUAGUUAAAAAAUCCUUGAUUGUGCAUUUAAUAAAUGCAAAAAGAAAUGUAAUACAAAGGAUUUCUUAUUAAAAUAAUUAACUUUUAAUCCUUAUUUAAUUUUAAUUAGAAGAAUUAUUGAAUAUAUGGUUAUCUAAAUUAAACCUAAUAAUCCUCUUUAAAAUAAUUAAAAUAAACAAGCUACUAUUUUUACAUUUCAAUAGAUGAUAAUUUUAUUAUAAGAAUAUUCUAUGUAUGAACAUUUAUAUGUAUAAAAAUUAAUUGAUUUAAAUCUAACAAAUGAAUAAUAAAAGUUAUUUUAUAAAAUCAAACCAAGUAGUGUUGUAUUAGAUACUUAAAUGAUGUUAAUAUAUUUAACUAUAUUUUUUAAUAAUAGAUUUGGAUAAGAUUUAGAAGCUACAUAUUCAUAAUUUAAACAUUUUGUAAAAAGUACUGAUAUCUUUAAUAAAUAAAGUUAAAUCUUUUAUUAAAAUAGAGGAUUCUUUUUUGAUUGUGGAAGAUAAAAACAAUAAAUCACAUACUAAUAAGGAUUAUAUAAAUUUUUAUAGAAUUCUUUUGAAUUAUAUCACAAUGAAAGAUAAUGCAAUUAAAUUUCUUUACUUUCCCAUUUAUCUACAUAUGUAUUAUUUUUAAGAUAAUAAUUUGCAGUCUAUGAGAAUUAAAUAUAUAAUUAGGUAUUAAUAUUUGAUUAAGCUCUAAUGUCUUGUUUAAUAUCAUAAAAUACUAUAUUAAAUUAUCUAACUAAAUAAUAAAAUUUAUAAUACAAAAGCAACAAUCCUAUUACUAGAUUUAUCUUAAGUGAAUUGUAACCUAUAUAUUAUUUAUGUUAAAAUAAAUUUGGAUAAUGUCCUUAAGCAAUAUUAUUUAAAGAAUUUAGACCUUCAAAUUUAUUAUAAUGUAUUGAAUCAAAAUUUAAUUCACAUGAAUAUUAAAUAGAUUUUCAUCUUAGAGAAUUAGAUUAAAAUAAAAAUCAUAUGAAAAAUCUAUUAAGAGUAUAUUAUCCAUUUUUUACAAAACUAUUAAUUACAAUAUUUAAAUCCAUCAAUAAUUUAAACUAUAUUAGUGAUUCAGAAUAUUAAGGAAUAAUGCAUUUACUAACCUUUAUAUAUUCUUAGGAUUAGAAUUCCUUCUUUUGUGAUUUAUUAAAAUUUUAGAGAAACUAACCAUAUCAAAUUCCUGCAUUUGGUGAAGUAAAGAAUUUCUGUGAUAUUUACAUUAAAGAUAGUAAAGAGGAAGAUUUUUUGAUAAAAUAAUAAGAGAAUAUUGAUAAAUGGAUUCAACAAAUUAUUAUUCAAUUAAUGUAAUAUCAACAACAAAAGAAAAUUAAAAAUGAUAAAAUUGUUUAAUAUUUAGGUGAACAAUUUAACAUUCCUAUAUCCACUAUAAAAGUAAUACCUAUGAAGAAUUUAAGUCCAUCUAAAAGUACUGGAAGAUUAUCAAGAACAAAAUUGUAAAUAUUAUUAUAUAAAAUUAGAUAAAUUAAUUAAUGGAAAGCACCUUUAAGAGAUUAUGAAUUUUCUUAUUUAUUAGUUUUGAUGUGGUAUUUAAGCAUAGGUGUAGAUAAACUUAGAGGAUUCUAAAAGAAUGAUUAUCCAUCAACUUAAUGGCCAAGAAAGUUAGCUUCACCGGUCAAUUUUUUAAUUGUGUCUAUUCUAGCAUACAUUUUAAUAACCUUAAUUUUCAUGCUCAUUUGA